AUAAUGCUGUCAUCGACGUCAACAGGCGUUUAACAAAUUUAUCGGUUCUUGUUUCAAUAAAUUCGAAAAAUGGAGGCUUUAUUCGCAAUACCUUUCUCAGUUCUUGAAGUUCCUAAUAUUAAAAUUAAAAAGCCGACAUGGCUACAACCUCCGUCUGCCAUGACAACCUUCUCUUUCGUGCUUCUUUCAUACUUUUUAGUGACCGGAGGUAUUAUAUACGACGUGAUUGUGGAGCCUCCGAGCGUGGGUUCAACGACCGACGAACAUGGGCACAGUAGGCCGGUCGCCUUUAUGCCUAAUCGAGUGAACGGACAAUAUAUUAUGGAAGGAUUGGCUUCCAGUUUCCUCUUCUCGCUCGGUGGCCUUGGAUUCAUCAUCCUGGAUCGCACACACAACCCCUCCACUCCCAAAUUGAACAGGAUCUUGUUAAUCUCAGUAGCCUUCCUAUGUAUUCUUGUAUCUUUCUUUACAACUUGGAUAUUCAUGAGGAUGAAGCUGCCAGGAUAUUUACAGAACUGAUUGUUUACUAAUAUAUAGUAAGCGAGUCAUGUUUUUAUUUUAAAUAAGUUUAAUAAAUUUAAUAAAUAUUUUUUACAUUUA